AUGUGUUGCAACUACUACGGCAACUCCUGUGGCUAUGGCUAUGGCUAUGGCUCUGGCUAUGGCUGUGGCUACGGCUCUGGCUAUGGCUGUGGCUACGGCUCUGGCUAUGGCUGUGGCUACGGCUCUGGCUAUGGCUGUGGCUACGGCUCUGGCUAUGGCUGUGGCUACGGCUCUGGCUAUGGCUGUGGCUACGGCUCUGGCUAUGGCUGUGGCUACGGCUCUGGCUAUGGCUGUGGCUACGGCUCUGGCUACGGCUGUGGCUACGGCUCCCUUUAUGGCUGUGGUUAUGGAACCGGCUAUGGCUGUGGCUAUGGCUCCUCUUCUGGCUACUGUGGCUACCGACCAUUUUGCUUUAGAAGGUGUUAUUCUUGCUGCUAA